CGGCCGCUCAGGUCGUAUCGUGACCGGUCGGCAGCCGCAGGGGGCCGCGGAGGGCCUCUGUUUUACUGGGCUGCGUGCAGGCGGGGCCUGGAGGCGGCUGGGAGGAUCAGAGGCCUCAGUAGCCGGUCGGACGCUGUCGUGUGAGGACGGUCUAGUGAAGUCGCUGUCGUAACGGCAGUUGCUGGCUGCUGCACUUGCUCGGAUGGCCGGCGAGUUUAGUGACCGAUUGGACACCGGGGAACGCUGAGUCCAGCCACAGUGGCGGCGGACGGUGGCAUACAGCUAGAGGUUAUCGGCCAUAAGAUGGUCGCCGAAAGACGAGCGAAGCCCGUAAAGAAGACGGUGAAAUUUCGCAGCCAGAGGCCGUACUUGAAAACGGUCAUGGAAUCGAACGGCGUCACCAUGACUACCGUGACUGAGCUGCCGGCGGCGUACGAGUCGCGACAGGAGGACGAGGUCAUGACCCGACCUGUGGAGCCGGUCACGCCACUGAUGCUGGCCUGCCAACAGGAGAAUGACCAGGAGGUCCGACGCAUCCUUAGCGCACAGCCCGCCGCGGCGCGGGACCGGGACCGGACGCGGAAGACGGCGUUGCACUACUGCGCCGACAGCAGCGGCACCAGCUGCGCCGAGCUGCUGCUAUCGGCGGCCUCUGACCUGCACUCUGCCGCGGAUGAGGACGGUUACACGCCGCUCCAUCUGGCCGUCAUCUCCGGGAACAGGGCGCUGGUCAAACUGCUGCUCCGGCGCGGAGCGGAUGUGUCCGCACAGGACCACGAGCGGCACUCGGCCAUCCACUGGGCCACAGUCUGCGGCGAGCUGGACAUAAUGGACAUUCUGCUGGACGCCGGAGCUAAUCCUUCCACUGCCGACAUUCACGGGGCUUACCCGAUUCACUACGCGGCCCAGAUGUGCGGACCAAACUCAGAGAUGGCCACAGACGUGCAGCUGGGGCUGCUUGCCCUGAAGAAACUGAUCGCCCACGGCGUGGAUGUCACCGUGAGGGAUCACGACGGCCGUCAGGCCCUCCUCUGGGCGGCGUCAGCAGGCAGCCCGGACGCCCUCGUGGCGCUGGUGAACGCCGGCGCCGCCGUCUCCGCAGAGGACAAGGACGGUCUCACUGCGCUGCACUGCGCCGCCAGUCGCGGUCACACCGACUGUAUCGACACACUGAUCACCCUCUGCGGCGCUGAGGUGGACGUGACGGACAGUAACGGCUGCACGCCGCUCUUCUACGCCGUCACUCUGGGCCACGCCGACUGCACCGAGCUGCUUCUCAAGUGCGGCGCAGAGCCCAACCGGCAGGACCGCAAGGGACGCACACCGGCACACUGCGGUGCGGCCAAGGGUCAGAUUGAGACGGUGCGGAUGCUGGGGCGGCACAACGCUAACCUGUGGAUGAGGAACGCUAAAGGAGACCAGCCUCUGCACGAAUCGGUCCAGUCGGGCAGGAAGGAACUGGUCACCUGGCUGCUUCACCACCGUCCGGAGGCCGUCAACAACCCGAACAAUGACGGGCGGUGUCCGCUGCACGUGGCCGCCAUCAACAACAACAUCGAGAUGUGCAAGGUUCUGAUGGACCUGCACGCGCACGUGAACCCGGUGAUGCGCUCCAGUAAGGGUCAGCUGAUGACUCCGCUGGACUCAGCGCUGUAUCGCGGUAACCGGGGCUGCGCCAAGUACCUGCAGCUACACGGAGGGGUACCGGCCAGCACGCUGACAGACAAGGAUACCAUGAUGAAGGCUCUCAGUCACAGCGCACUGAGCGAGUCCCAGACCCAGAGCGCGUUCGUUCUCUCGCCGGAGACGUACCUGAACCUAAACCUGUCCUCUGACGGCCUGCACUCGUCUCUGAGCUCGUACUUGCGCUCGGGCCCGUCCACGUUCACCACGACGCCGGUGGAGGACGGCGUGCAGACAGACCGGCAGCACACCGAGCACGCCGGCGUGCAGGUGGCCAUGCCCGGUCUACACCAGCGCUCUCGCUCGACCGACGACGCCGCCUGGUGGCAGGAUCAGCGCUCCGAGCGACGGGCCCGCCGACCGGCCGACGACACUCCCGACUCCGGCCGCGAGGACAGCGAGCGUCGACACCGGCGCGACCGACGCGUGGUACGCGACGAGGACGUCGAGGAUAUCCACAACGUGGAAGUGGUGCGCCGCCGUCUGCGCCGCGAGCUCAACACGCGGUAUGUGGACGAGCAGUAUGACUCUGGCCCUGAGGGACGCGAUCGGCGGCACUACAGCGAUGACGGACGGCGGAGACGACAUAGCGGGAGCAGCGGGGACGAGCGGCGCACUGACCGCCACCAUCGCAACAGGAGGGGACACGACGGCCGGCAGGAGCUGGACGGCGCGCGCUACCGCCGACACAGCGGCGAGGAGCGAGGCUCCAGGAGGUACCAGUACAGUGACGAUGAACGGGGAUCGCGCAGGAGAGAGUACGACGGGGACCACAGAAGCCAACGGCAGAGAUACGACCACAGCGGAGACGAGAGAAGCUCGAGGAGGUAUGAUGAUAUCGACGACGACCGGCGCACGAGACGGAGGUACGAUCACAGCGGGGACGAGCGGGGAUCGCGACGGAAGCACUACAGUGACGACGAGCGAGGCUCGCGGAGACGCGAGUACGACGACGAUCGGCGAACGCACAGAAGACGGGGCGCGGACGGAGACGAUCACAAUGCUAGACAGGAAUAUGACGGAGACGAACGCAGCACACGGCGAAAACGGGACAACAGGAGACAUGAACCCAACUCACGUUAUUCUGAUGAUUACAGCGAAGGUCACGACGAGGUCGGUCACACGCGUCGUAGUCAUAGCGAGGACCCUCACGGCACACGCGGCUCCAGAGGCCCCUCUCGAAACGGAGACAGCGACCCUCGGCGGCGGCGACCCCGGCGUCAGGCCGCGUCAGAUCCACCCGACCAUCGGCGGCCGCGCGAGCUGAACGAAACCGAGGAGAAGGACGCUUCCGACCCGGACGAGCCGAGCCGCGACUCCUCUGAGCGUCGGCGCCGUCGCCGCCGGAGACGGCAGCGCGCCUCUGGUUCGGACCCUGUUAGUUCAGACGGCGAGGACGGCACUGAGCAGCGUGGAACGCGAACCGGGACGGAGCGGCGGCGGCGCCGAGCUGCAGGACACCGCGCCGCCGCCGGCGACGGCAGCCGCGCCCCGCACAGUGACGGAGACUCUCCGGCGCGAGCUGACUCAGGCAUAGCGAGCGUGGAGCGCGGCGGUCAGCCCCGGUCGGACAACGACGCGCCGCCCCCGCGCCACGCCCGACAGAGGUUCGCCAGUGACGGCGAGCAGCCGGGGGCCGACUCACAAGGAGCAGCUCCAGCGACGGACGGCAGGCCGCUCCGGAGUGACGUGGCAAAGGCCGCGGUGGCCAGCAAGCUCGGUGAGGCGGCGAUCAGCAGUCAGGGAGGUAAACUGUCUGAAAAGGGUGUCGGGAAGAGCAACAUAGUUCACCCGGGCCAGGGUGACAGGCCCGGAGACGGCCAGAAUCCGGCCGCGAGGAACGUGGUUCGGGGCGGACCGCGGCCUCUGGCGGAGAUCCUCCCCAGUUCGGCCGACACCAGCAGUCACCCGACCCCACGGGCCAGCGGGAUACGGCCCUCGCAGAACGGCGUGCCCAAACUCAAACGGGUCCGCUCGGCGAAGGACUUCAAGCAGAUGCAGCGCGUGCCUAAGCUGGAGCAGGACCUUGGCUCGCUGUCCAAGGCGCAGCAGAACAAGCUUGCCGACGGGAUGAAGGACGCAGACGCGGCCGCCAACGAGCAGGCUCUCAGAGUCCAGGCCGAAAAGAAGAUAUUCCAGGACCUGCUGGAGCUGAAGAGGGUGCAGAUGAGGGUCAACAAGACCAAUGAGGAGGCGUUCAUCAAGCGACUGGCGGAGAACUUCAACGCCAGCGUCAUCAAGCUCAGUCUCAAGAGCUUCAAGGGGCCGUAUACCUACACCGCAUACGAGGAGUACCUCAACACCCAGCUGAAGCACCUGCAGGUGCCGGCCAAGCGGCGAGCGGCCAAGGCACGGCGAGCCGAGGAACUGGCCCGUGUGAAGCGCUCUCUGCAGCGCGCCAAGGACAGUGUCAAGGAUGAGGAGCUGCGUGCCGCCCUGCAGGCCGGCCAGGGCUGCCACCACGCCUCGCACGCCUACACGGGCAUCCCGUGCGUGGCGUACAGUAAGUUGCCCUGCUGGCAGCACCGCCGCUGGCUCACCAAAAACAACCACCACGGCGCGGCCAAGGCACCCACCAAGACCAUCCUGCCCAAGAUCAACCCGAGCACACAGCUGCCUGAGCCUGUCGACCUGCGCUCGUACGAUCCGAGCAAACCGCUCCGGUUGGAGCUCAACCACGGUGGUCAGAAACAGGCGCUCGAGCUGCCCACACAGCUGCUCGACAAGAACAGGAAGUACCAGGUGUCGUUCAGCAUCCGACCGACCGACGGCGGCGGCACGGCGGAGGGAGGGGCGGAGAAACCCCCGGGCGCGGCGACCAACGAGCGCGGCGCCUUCAGCGACGGCGAGGCGGCCGCGCGGACUGAGAGACAGGAGCAGACGGGUGGGUCGGCGCCCGGCGACCCCGACCGGCACACGCACGCAAAGUCGCUGUAGGUCGACCGGGGCGACGGACAAAGUCCGGCAGAAAUCGAAACGGACCACCAGUGCGGAACCUUGUCAAACAUUGCUAUUUGUGAAACUUGUGAUGUGGCGUUCUUCGCCCGCGAAUCUCCCUUUGCCAUAUCUACGCUUGGGAUCUGAUGUGCUGAUCUGCGUUUGUCGAACGUCGCCUAUCGCGUCUCAACCCAGGACUUUUCUCUGUCGUUGUGACGCCGGCCGGAGAUCUGUUUGUUUGUUGCGGGCGCCUCCUGGGCUGGCGCCGUAAAGGGGGACGAUAAUUGUUGCAUCGCGAAUUAUAUUUAUCGUGAGUUUCUUGUGAUGUUGCCAGUAUUGAAAUAAUACAAUGGCAUGGUUGGCUUUUGAAGAA